AAACUGGUUACCUCAACCUCCAUUUGUACCUUACGGUGUUUUGCAGUUAAGACAAUCAUAAACCGAUAAGAAAUGAAGAAAUGAGAAUAUAGACUAGAUUAUUGCAUGCGUGCUACUACUAAGAAUAUAUUAAUAUAUUGUCGUAUUGUUUCUACCUGUUAAUAAUAUUAAUUCACCUGUUUUUUCACAUGAAUAUAAUGACGUUGAAAGAUGUAGCAGUUAUUUUACGAAACGGUAUUUAAGCUCAUUGCAUCAUUUAGUUCUCACAUCUUGAAUCUAGAUGCUCUUCCGAUUUUAAUUAACACUGUUUAUCGUUAUCAAACGUAACAUAUUUGUUAAUACCUCCUAAAUAACAAGAGCUAAUUAAGGAAACAUUUUAUGUGAUAAUUUCAACGACACAUUCUCCUAACAAAUAACUCUCCAUCCUAAAAUUAUAUAUUUUGUUAAUAUUCUGAUGCUACAAGAUGACACGUGCUAUAUUUCGGUAUUUAUUACGAAUUCUUGUGAUUGGACUAUGUUUACUAACUAUAGCCUGGUUCAAAAUGGAUUUUAUUUUUAAGAAUUAUUGGAAGGAUCCAGUCUUUAAGAUGAAACACGAAAGAAAACCUGAGCAUACUUCUGAUGAAUAUCUCAUUGAUACAAUCGGUUGUAAUAUACUAGCAUUCCAGGUUCCAUUAGAUGAUUUUGAUAUUAAUCGUUCUCCAGUGGUAUGCCCUGGUCCACCAAGGUUAACAAAAGUCGUUGGUGCAAUGUUGUACGUGAACCAAUCAAUUAAAGCAGUUCAUUACUCGGACAAAAUUAAACGCUGUCAGAAGUGGAAUAUUAAACGAGGUGACAACGAUAAUAGUAUUGUUCUUGGAAAACCGAUUACCUUUCAUAACCAAACGAAAAUUGAUGCAGAGUUCAGUUUGAUAAAAUGUGAAGGAGUUAAUAAUUCCGUGUUAUAUACAGAUUUCCACAGUCGUAUCAUUGAUAAAGAACAUGUUCGGAAGAAGUUGAAAUCUCAGUCUGGUAAAAGAGCUGAAGAUCGUCCGCUUAGUGUUCUUCUUAUUGGAAUUGAUUCAACGUCUCGCAAUAGCUUCUCUAGACAAAUGCCUCGUUUAAAGAAGUACCUUCUAGAAACACUAAAAGCUUAUUCGUUCCCUGGAUUUACAAGGGUUGGUAAAAAUACCCUACCAAAUUUACUAGCAUUAUUAUCAGGAAAAUUUUUGGAGGAGACUAAGUGGCGUUCCGGCCAGGUUUAUGAUUCCGUGGAUCUUUUAUGGAAAAACUAUAGUUCGAGAAAUGCCAUAACAUUUAUAGCAGAGGAUGACCCCGACAUAACAGCAUUCAAUUAUGCAGCGCGUGGUUUUCGAAAACAACCAACUGAUUAUUAUUUUAGACCUUUGACUAUUGCAAUGAACAAGAACAAAUUUCGGAACAAGUUCUGUGUAGGCCCCCUUCCUGAGACGGAUUAUGUAGAACAUUAUACCAAGCAGUUUUUAGAAAAGUAUAAAACGUCUUUUUAUUUUGCUCUCACAUUUUUCACACGUUGGACGCACGAUGACUUGCAUGGUGCGGCUAGAUGGGAAGACAAGCUUUUGGGGUUUUUUCAGUGGCUUCAUCAAUCAAAAACACUAAACAACACUUUACUACUUUUCUUCGGGGAUCAUGGUUACCGCAUGGGUGGAUUUCGUACAACUGUCGCUGGAAGUCAUGAAGCAAAUUUACCUUUUUCAUUUUUUAUUGUCCCAGAAUGGUUCAAGAUCAAACACAAAUCAAAAGCCAAUUCUAUUCAUAGAAACCAAAAUCGUCUUGUGACACUUUUCGAUUUUCAUGCCACUCUUUCUGAGAAUCUGAACAGAGGGGAACAAACUCGAAUGAUGACGAGUAACAGAAGCAUCAGUCUUAUGUCACCAAUACCAAGUAACAGAACUUGCAAGGGAGCAGAAAUACCUGCACAAUUCUGUGAGUGUUUCUCAGCAAGAAAGCAACUGAGAGUUAAAAAUGUGAACGUGACCGAAGCAGCCAUCGCUGUUGUGAAAACACUGAAUAAACGUUUAGAAAAAGCAAAAGCGAAAAAAUGCGCAAAACUGAAAUUGAAAAAGGUAAUACGUGCUUAUAAAUAUAGAACUACAUACUCAGUAACGUUAAAAGUGUCACCAAGUGAAGGAGUUUUCCAAUCUUUGGGAGAGUAUCGUGGGAAAAACUUUCACCCGUUUGGAGAAAUUUUACGAAUCAACAUAUAUGGUAACCAAUCUCAUUGCGUCAAAAUACGUAAACUGAAACCGGUUUGCUUUUGUACGAAAACCGUUUGAUUUCUAUUUAAUCGUCUUUUCUACAUUCGUUCAUAUAACUUAUUAAAUGUUUUCUUAAAGGUUUCCAGCAUCAAACUAAACACAUGUAACA